UACUGUAUGCCGAACGCGCGUACGACGUAGGUACCAAGGCCGUAGAAGCUCAAGCGCUCAUACUUUAGGUAGGUUUUUCGUGUAUUGUAUCCGACGUUUGAUCCUGCCCAGUAGUCGGUGGGCUUGAGGUUCUACCAACGGGCCUCUUCGGGUACCUUGAUGUUCGCGACUAGGAGUCAUCUUAUAGCCAAAACGACUUCGCUAGCACCGAAGGCGUCAUCCUACCUUGGUGUACGAAUAACUCCCUUCGUUUGGACACGAUAUGAACGCCGCAGUCACAGGUCUCUCAUCUCCAGGCCUGGUAGCCUGUCAUUCUUUAUUCCCUCUAACCUUUCGGGGGUUGCUACAGUCACUUCAUGGCCUUUGUUUUCAAAAUCCCUUGGAUCUAAGCGAGGAUUAUUUCAUUCGUCUGAAAAACAAAUCCCUCAAUCUCGAGGGUACUCUACUUCCUCUGGCGGUGACGGUGACCCUAAGACCAGGUGGUGGAAGAGAUUCCUAGACCGGUAUGACCCUAUUCUGAUAUAUUUACCUUGGGUCACGACCAUAUACUUGCAACUGUACAUGCGAUGGCCACAUUAUUGCUUCUGGAAAAUGAACACCACAGAGUUCUCAUGCGUCAAUUGGGAUGAUCCUUCCCAGACUGCAGUCCAGUUUCGCCGUCUGCUUAGGGCUUACAUACAGCACGACGCCUCAAUAGUCGACAUCCUAGACACUCUAGAGACCAUUGCUUUCUUUCUUCUUCCAGUGCCCCACGAAGAUCUCGAAAAUUUUGUCUCAAACGUGUUUAGUGACGACGACGUCUCGAAGGCCUUGCCAUUGGACAUUGACAAAUUCAAUAAGACAGUGGAGGCGUCGAAAGUUCGGAUGCACGAGGCAAUGAGGCUUGCAGCGUAUGAGAUUCACGAGCUGUUCGCCACUCAGCCUCCUCAAUGGCUACGUAGUGAUCUAGGAUAUGGCUCGGAAGUAACGGAAGAGGUUGGAAAGCUCUUCCAGGAGGCUAUGCGGGUCCUGUUCGAAGUUUGUUACGCAGAUGAGCUUGCUAUUCAGAAGGUUUUAACGAUUAUGGCGGUUAAUUUGAAGGAUAUCGAAACUGAUAAGGAAAAGGAAUACCGGGAGAUAGGAGAAUGACCAAGUUAUGUAGUUACUCCAUCAACCUCAUAAAUACAAAACACAUGUACCUUCGUUAUUACUGAAUUAAUGCAAACUCCUGCUCGCUUUUUGAGCGUGAGCGACCUCCAAAUUGGGCGAUGGUCACGG